CUGAUUGCUCUUUGCUCGGACGUAGUAUCGCCCAGCAAAAAAUUUAAUUAAUUCGAUAUUUUAUUGGAUUUGAAACCUAAUAGUACAAACUCUAUGUGACAAUAGUACGAUAAUGUGUAUUCUGUAGACAGUGAACUCAAGUUUUCAUUCAUCUUUUAUCGCCGCUGCCCAUCAAGAAUCGUGACCCCAAAAAGCUGUCCUCGUGCACACUUUCUCUACAUUUGAUAGUGGUAUAUUGUGCAAUAAUAACAAAACCAAAAGAUGUCUACGCAGGAAAAGGAAAAGGUUAUACGUGUUGGUUCACGCAAAAGCGAGCUGGCAUUAAUACAGACUAAACAUGUCAUUGGACGCCUGCAGAAACUUUAUCCCAAGCAAAAGUUCGAGAUACAUACAAUGUCCACCUUUGGGGAUCGUGUGUUGAACGUUUCACUGCCAAAGAUUGGCGAGAAGAGUCUCUUCACCCGAGAUCUGGAAGAUGCGUUACGAAAUGGCGGUGUUGAUUUUGUGGUGCAUUCGUUGAAGGAUCUGCCAACGGCGCUGCCAACAGGCAUGGCAGUGGGUGCUGUCCUGGAGCGUGAGGAUGCUCGAGAUGCGUUGGUGCUACGCGAGAAUUUCAAGGGUCACACGAUUGCCACACUGCCCCAAGGCAGUGUCAUUGGCACAUCCUCGUUGAGACGCACGGCGCAAAUCCGUCGACUAUAUCCACAUUUGGUUGUCUGCGAUAUUCGCGGCAAUUUGAAUACUCGCCUGGCCAAGCUGGAUGCCAAGGACUCGAAGUUUGCGGGCAUUAUACUGGCCCAGGCUGGAUUGGUGCGCAUGGGUUGGAUGAGCCGCAUCAGCCAGGUGCUCGAACCCACCGAUAUACUCUAUGCCGUCGGUCAGGGUGCUCUGGCCGUCGAAUGUCGCGCCAACGAUGCCCAGGUGCUGACCAUGCUGCAGAAGCUCAUGUGCCUGAAUACCACAUGCCGCAUCUUGGCCGAACGCAGUUUCCUCAAGACUCUGGGAGGCGGUUGCUCCGCUCCUGUUGCCGUGUGGAGCAAUCUGAAGGGAGAGCCCAACAGCAUCAAUUCGAACAAGCAGUUCCAGCAGGAGGUGGGUCUGUCGUUGACGGGCGCCGUUUGGAGCCUGGAUGGUGCCAUCGAGAUACGCGAGCACUUGGACUGUGCCUUAAACGAGUCGGAGAUCGAGGAGCAGCGACGCAAGCGUUCCGCAAAUGUCAACCAACAGCUCCUGAACAGCAACAACGACAGCAACAGCUGCGACUCGCCGCCAGCAACGAAACGGGCCAGGAAUGGCAACAGUCAGUCUCCCAGCACUGACUCCGGUUCAGGCUCUGGCUCCGGGUCUGGUUCCGGCUCCGAUUCGAGCUCGAAUAGUCCACGGCAACAGGGCAGUCCGACGGUCAUCUGCGAGGAUGCCAAUGUCACGGGCUACAGCAUGGAGGAGCUGCUCGAGCGGCACAUUGAUUUGGCUCGCCAGUGUCCAGUUGUUGGUCACGACAACAACAAUGCGAAGAACGGCAGCGGCGAUGCUGGUGGCGGUGGCGAUGCAGACGCCAGCAACGCCAAUGCAGCAGCUGCUCAUUGUCCGCUGCAGAUGAACGUGGGCCAGGACUUCAUGGGCGAGUGUCCGUUUGUCAGCAACGAGGCCAAGAUCAACUACGCCAGUGUGGGGAAGUGUCCCGUCACUCACAUGCCCACAACCGCCGCGUCGACGGUAAUUCGCAGCAGUGGCGAUGAGCCGGACAAUGUGUCAACGGCGGCAACAACGUCUUCCAAGUGUCCAUUUGCUUCGAUGCAUCAGGGCAGCGGCCUGGAACCUGCUCCAGAGAAAACUGGACACGGCAAAUGCCCAUUCCUGCAGAAGACGGUGCAAAUGUUCGACUAUGCCGACGAGGAGCAACCACAGCCGCAGCAACUGAAGCUGCCGGUGCUCAUCGAGGAUGUGGACAACCUCUUCUGUGGCCUUUUUCAACACGCCUGCUACAGCAGGGAAAUCUAUGUGAGGGCCAACAAACUGGGACAAACUCUGGCCGAGCAUCUCAUCAAGAAAGGUGCCCUCGAUGUGAUGAAGGUGGCACAGGCCGAGAUUCACAGCAAGGUGGCGUCCUGAGAUCCAUCGAUUGUUAAGCUGCCAAUGACCAAUAUCACGAUCAUUGUUAUCAUCCUCAUUCAUGAGUACACAUUAAGUAGAAAAGUGUAACUAGAAAAUUGUUUUCAAUAUUUGUUUCGUUACGCGCGGGCUCUGCGUAAAUGUUUUGUUGGGAUUAGUCCUAGAAUCAUAUAUUGUAUCGUAGAAUAUAUUGCAUGUAGGGUAUCUAUUUAAACAACAUGCUCUGCUAGACACACUGCUCUCUUGUUGCAUUGUUUUCCUUUGAAAUUACAUUGUCGCUUAUUGUUUAAGUUUAUCGCAAAUAAAACAAUAAUUAUUUAUAACAAAA